AUGGCACUCACGAUCGUGGCCACGAUCGUGUCCACGAUCGUGAGUGCCAUCGUGAUCAUGAUGGUGUGCUGCGAUCGUGGGGUUGACAGUCCAUGUUUUAAGAUGUCGGGGCGACGUAUUAUGAUACAUCAUGGCGGUCGUUGGGAGCGAUCAACAUAUAUAGAUGGGGAAUUCUUUGUUGCGUAUAUCGAUUCCGGUACAAUUAAUCGUGCUAACCUCGUGGAUCUUAUUAGAGAUGGUUUGGGAUAUCGAAAUGAGACCGAAUAUACAUUAUGGUACGUCACAAACAUCAAUGGUAUUAAAGCAAAAGUUCUAUUGAGGGGAGAUAUGGAGUUGCUUCGAUGGUUAGCAGAUCCUAGAGAGGAUCCAGAAGUUUAUGUGAUUGAGAAAGGCGGUUCUUCCGGCCCCGAUAGUAAUGUGAGCCGCAACACUAUGAGAGGAUGUACCUCGGCUGUACAUCAUGAUCAAAGAAUGCCGUAUCAUGAGGAAGAUGAUGAAGAGGUAUUCGAUGAGGAUUAUGAGGAAGAUGAAGCAGAGUCUACAUCUGAAGACGAUGUGGAAGAUCGUCGCAAUGAGUUGCGACAUUUUUCAUCGGAUUAUCAGACUGCAAGCUAUGUUGAGCAUGAACAUGGCUCGCGCGAUUGGGAUAUUCCAUUUCCGCACAUUGAAAGUAUAUUACAGUUGGGGUGGGAAGAGUAUCAUCCAAUAGCCUACGGACUGCUCGAGGUAGGGGCCAUAUUUCGAUCCAAAGUAGAGUUGAGGAUAGCUAUAGGAAUUUAUCAUUUGGAGCACUAUCUAGUGUUUGCAACCGAUCGUUCUACAGAUUCUCGUGCAGUGUACAUAUGCAAGAGUGGUAGGAAGAACUGCACUUUUAGAUUAUGUGCAGUAGAGGCUGCAACUCUUUGGAGAAUUACUAAGUUGACAUUGGAUCACACAUGUCAGGCGGAUUUGAAUCGUGUUACUACAGCACGGUCUGUGAGUGGCGAGGUGGCUGCAUAUUAUUUUGCCAAAAAAUUAAUCGAUGAGAAGGUUGUUUUGAGGCCAAAGGAGAUGAUUGCUGAGAUGCGUAGUAAGUAUGGCGUUCAAAUGCUAUAUUGCUUCGCAGUCAGAACUAGGCAGCAGGCGAUAGAGAGAACGUAUGGUGACUUCAAUAUGUCAUAUGUGAGGCUUCCAUCGUAUCUUUAUCUAUUGAAACAACGUAAUCCAGGGACUGUUUAUGAUUUGCAGACGACUCGUGAGGGUGUGUUCUGCCACAUGUUUGUUGCCCUCGGGCAAAGUAUUCGGGCUUUUGAGCAGUAUCUUCGACCGGUGAUUGUAAUAGACGGAACCCACUUGAAGGGAAAGAACAGAGGAGUGUUAUUUGUUGCUGUGACAAAGGAUGGGAACGAUCAAGUGUUUCCUCUAGCAAUUGGCCUCGGACCAAUAGAGAACGAUGAGUCGUGGACUUAUUUUCUCUACAAUCUACGGCGGUGUUACAAUCCUCCAGAAGAUUUAUUAAUUGUGAGUGACCAACAUAAAAGCAUUCGGAAUGCAGUUCAAGCCGUGUAUCCAAAUGCAUUCCAUGGACUGUGUUAUCACCAUCUGUUGAAGAAUCUAACGCCCUAUGGGAAGACAGUGGCCACGGUCUUCUAUGAAGCAGCAUAUUCUUAUCGUCACGAAGUGUUCGAAAAAUUUUUUUCAUUGCUGCACGACGCUAGUCCGGAUGGAGCUCACCGACGACUUUCUCAAAUUGGACCGGAGAGGUGGGCUAGGUCAAAGUGUCCGGUGCAACGCUAUGGAUUUAUGACGUCUAAUGCAGCGGAAUCGUUUAACUCUCGGUUGUGGUGGGCUAGGCGUUUACCAGUGUGCUCUUUACUUGAAUCGUUUCGCACACUUUUGGAGGAUUGGUUUGACGAGCGACGUACAUCGUCUGAAUCGAGAGAUCAUGUGUUAACGGUGUCUACGUUCAACAAGCUAUCUAAUUCUGUGCAAGCAAGUCUCUCUCUUACUGUUCGAGCCACCACCGGACUUGUGUAUAAAGUUGAAGAGGAUGAUCAACAAUAUCAAGUCGAUCUUCAGAAUUGGACUUGUGAGUGUCGAGAGUUUGAUGAGGAUAAAAUUCCAUGCAAGCAUGCGGUUGCCGCUAUAAGGUGGGCGGGCAAUGGUUUGAAUGUGUACGAUUUCGUACACAAAUAUUUCAAACAAUAUGAGUUGACACAAACUUAUGCCGAACAUGUUAGUCCAAUACCACAUCCGAGUGAAUGGAAUGUGCCAGGAGAUGUCUUAUCAAUCUAUUGUAGUCCACCCGAUCCGGAGACUCUACGUCAGUCUGGGCGUCCAAAGAUGAGUCGUACUCGGUCAACAGUUGAAGGACUACCCUCACGACGGCGUCAAGUGUGCUCUAGGUGUAAUGGAACGGGACACAAUAGAAAAAAAUGCACAAUAUCUAUCCCUGUGGGUGGGGUGGAUUUGAAUGUUCCAUUUCAAGAAGCAGAGUUUGAGGAAACUUCUCAGGAUCCUUCUCAUGCCACAGAUGAACCAUCUCAUGAUACGGAGGAAGCACAACCGACCCAGAGACGUCGGAAGAAAAAAAGAUGUAGCAAUUGUGGAGAAGAGGGUCAUGAUAUUAGAGCAUGUCCAAUGCCCCUCCGUGAAUAAAUGUAAGUUGUUAAA